AUGCCUGGCCUAGCUCUGCUUCUAUCGCUGGCGGCCGCAGCCGUCGGUCUGACCUACCUACUGCUUNNCCCUUACCUUGGACGAUUCAUUGCUCAAAACAUCGGCUCGACUGUUCGCGCCAGGACUCAAACAAGGAGAGAGCUACUGCUCGAGAGGGCUGCCGACGAAGAGAAAUCCUCACCUGCCGUAUCCGAAAAGGAUCGUCUAGCCAAAGGAGACCAUAAUGGAAAGCCAGCAUCUGAAUGGGAUGGCAUCAUUGGCUUCUUUCACCCCUUCUGGUACAUGUAG